AAAUCCUUCUCUCUCCAUAAACCAAAUCAUACACUUACAUCAUAAAUCCUCUGUACAUAACCCUAGAAGCAAAAAUAUUUAUCAAGAUGGGUUUGAUCAGCAAAGAAGAGAUUAGCAAAACUAGAAGAUAUUCAUCUUCUCUUUGGAGAGGAAUCAAAACGAUCUUUGUUCUCUUCACUAUGUUCCUCUCCUUCAUCAUCUUCUCUGCUCCGAUCUUCCUCGCCGUCGCCGACGCCGUUCUCCCCUCCGCUAUCCUCUCCUCCUCAUCCUCCCUCAACCGUCUUUCUCCUUCUAGUUUUCCGGCGACGAUCUAUUCUUAUCUCAGCAACUAUGAUUUCAGAUAUUCUCUCAUCGAUAUACCUCUCAUCUCCAUCAUUAGAUCCGCCAUUAUACUUUGCGUUUACGGGCUUUGUGACGGACCAAAGUUAUCGAGAGGACCAUAUCUGACGAUAACGAUGAUCUGCUCGAUAUCUUCACUGAUCUACGUAUCGUUCAAGGCAGCGAUUGUGUUCGGGGAGCCUGUGAUCGGUGGAUAUUUCCGAACAGAGGAGAUGACCCUCUUCGUCUGUUCUUGGGUCUUAGCCAUCGGUCACAUCGUUGUGGCGUACCGAACAAGUUGUAGAGAGAGACGAAAGCUCCUAGUCUUCAAAAUCGACAUCGAAUCCGUUUCAGCUUGUAAAAAUGUGUUUCCAAGAUACCAAAAAAUCCUCCAACAAGAGAGACUCAAAUAGCUAAAAGCUAUAUUCGAAGUCUCAUAUACUCACUUGUACAUAGAUAUAUAUAUAUAUACUUGCAAUACAAGCUACAUGUAUAUAAAAUAUACGUAUCAACGCAACAUCUCUACUGGGUUGUGGUCUCCUUUCCAUGUUUUCAGAAAGGUCCAAAAGGAUAUGUAAUAUCUGUAAAGGAGGAAGGAACAGAUAACGAAUGGGGCUUAAAUAUGUAACCUAUGCUUUUCCAUGUGAGGCUACAAAAGACAACUCCAAUGAAUUGGCAGUUGUUACUAUAUUAUAGAUUUUAAAUUAGGUUUAGACACACAUACACACACACACAAGAAAAAAAAAAGAAGAACAUUAUAUUAGUUCUUAUAGAUGAUCCACCGUUACACUUUUGUCCUUUUUGUUUGUUUGUAUAAACCAUAAUUUUCAUCAUCAAUGAGAUAAGAAGCCAAAGGCAUCUUUCUUUCUCCUA